AUGGUCCUGAUUCCGUCAGGUGCCUACGGUCCGCAGGGAUUUCGAGAGUGCUGGGGAGACUACCGCGCUGAAGCCGACCUAGAAGAUCCUUCAUUGCCUCUCUACCGCUUUCAACGUGACCUGCCGCGUCUGCCCGUGCCUCCGCUGGCCGAAACUGUUGCUCUUUACCUCGAGACACUGCAGCCACUUGUGUCGCCUGCUGAGCUUGCGCACUCUAAGGAGCUUGCUGCUUUCUUUCUUCGACCUGGUGGCAUAGGUGAAGAGCUGCAGCGUCGUCUUGUGGCUAGAGCAAAGGACCGUAGCGACUCAAGCUUCCUGUGCGAGUGGUGGAACACCUUAGCAUAUUUAAAAGUACGCGAUCCUGUAGUGUUUAACGUCAGCUACUUUUUCCAUUUUGCCGAUAGUGUGCAUCCUUCUCAACGCUCCAAUGUGGGACGGGCAGCGGCAUUGCUAAGGGGGUCCGUUCUCUUCGCCCGCCAAGUGGCAGACGGGUCGCUGGAACCGGAGCGAUUGGGCAAGAAGAAGACGCCUAUUUGUACGACAGCAUACAAGUAUAUGUUUAAUGCUUGCCGCAUUCCACGACGUGAGCAGGACUCGUACAGGAUUUAUGACCCCAAGACGCACACUCAUGCAGUGAUAAUGCGUCACAACAAGUUUUUCCAGUUGGAGUUAUUGGAUCCGUGUACUCGUGAGCCCUUGGGCUUUGAGGCGCUGAGUUUACAGCUGGCUAGAAUCCUGGAUAUUGCGGGUGCUAAAGAGUCGGCAGUUGGAGCACUUACGUCUCAGGAUAGGGAUAUUUGGGCAGAUGCUCGUGAAGAAUUGAUUCGAAUUCCGAAGAAUGAAGAGUCAUUGCGUGUCAUUGAGAGCUCGCUGCUGGUGCUCAACAUGGAUGAUGAAGCACCAGUGUCGCGGACAGAGGUAGCACGAGGGCUUUGGCACGGCAAUGGACGCAACCGCUUCUUUGAUAAGUGUGUGCAGAUUGUGGUGUUUGAGAACGGCAAGGCCGGACUUCUUGGCGAGCACUCAAUGCUCGAUGGCAUGCCUAUGGCACGCUAUGCGGACUACCUAUUGUCGCGUCUGCAUCAUGGUCAGAUUAAUCUGGGUCACUGUGGUCAGACUACAGCACAGCUAGCCAAAUCGUUGGAUGUCCCAAAGCAGAUCACGUUCCACUUCACGGUUCAGACACUUCGCGAUAUCGUCGAAGCAGAAAAGGUGUUUGAUCAGACGGUGGUAGACCACGAAGUCUUUGUUCAAGCGUUUUACGGCUACGGUGCUCGCUCUAUUAAGGGAUUCCGUUGCAGUCCGGAUGCUUUUGUUCAGCUCGCGAUACAGCUUGCCUACAAGAAGCUGUUUGAGAAAAAUGUGGCAACGUACGAGGCUUCGCAGACACGCAUCUUUUUGCAUGGCCGCACGGAAACUACUCGUAGUUGCUCGGCAUCUAGUGCCAAGUUUACUGAUGCGAUGAAGGAGGUUUUGGGGUUCGUCACUACUGAGGAAAAGAAGAAACAUCUGCUAGCAGCGGCGAAUGCGCACGUCGCGUACAUGCGCAAUGCUGGUGCCGGUCGCGGCGUGGAUCGCCACCUUCUGGGCUUGAAGUUGUUGGUUCAACCUGGUGAGAGCGUGCCGUUUUUUGAGGAUCCUGCGAUGGCUAAGGCCAGUCGCUGGCUUAUUUCCACAAGCCACCUGACUAACGAACUGUUUGAUGGCUGGGGCUGGGGUGAGGUUGUACCCGAAGGCUUAGGCAUCGCCUACAGUGUCAAGGAUCAGUCCAUCCAGUUCAACAUUACAUGUCGAAAGCAUGGCAGCUGGGGAGCCCGAAUGGGCCAUCUGCUUGAAGAAAGCCUGUUAGAGAUGCAGCAGCUCUUUGACCAGCCCGAGGAUAUUGGCGCUAAGCUGUAA